AUGGAGGAAGACUAUUUGCAAGAUCUUCUGAAAAAGGAAAAAGAGCUAAGACAAGCUGAAGAAGUCAACGCCUCAGAGUCGCAAAAAGUCAUAUGCGAAAUCAUAGAAAGAGUCCGACAGACUGGAAACUGGGAAUCUGUCGCUGAAUGGAUCCAAGCUUUGGCUAAACGUCGUAGGCAGCCUAAACAAGCUAUUACAGGCAUGAUUCAGCUCGCCAUUAGUUAUCUUGACUCCUUACCUAAAGGCCACCCUCUGCUUUUAGUCCUCAGAAAAGUCUCUGAAGGAAAAAUCUACUUAGAAGUCGAGUUUGCCAGGCUUACAAAAACAUUAGCAGAACUUAAAGAACAAGAAGGAAACAUAGAAGAGGCAUCAAGUCUUCUACAAGAAGUCCAAGUAGAGACUUAUGGAUCUAUGGACAAGAACGAAAAACUCAAUUAUUUGCUGGAACAGUUAAGGCUUCUAUUAGCUCUCAAAGACUAUGUGAGAUUUUUUAUAAUUUCUAAAAAAGUCAAUAGAAAAGUUUUGGACGAGCCUGGAAUGGAGCCAGCCAAGGUAAAAUUUUUAGAAUUCAUGAUCCAAUACUAUGAUUACCAAAAAAGCUAUAUGGACUCUGCGCUGUCUUACCAAACCCUUUAUGAAGUCCAAGGCCAAGGCUUUGAUGCAGCAUCUGCUUUACAACAAAUGGUUUUAAAUUUAUUGUUAGUCCCUUAUAGUGCUGAACAAAGUGACUUACUUAGAAGAGUUGAAGAUAAAGAGGAGCUUGAAUCUAGCUUGAGACAUGUGAUAAAGAUUUUAUUGGGAAAAGAAAUAGGAAAAGUUCCAAGCGAAAUUCAAGUGUUAUUAAGCCCAGAAAAAUGGAAUUUAUUGAGGAGAAGAAUAAAUCAGCAUAAUAUCAGGGUUGUCCAAAGCUAUUAUUCAAAAAUUACUUUAAAUAGACUUGCGGAAUUGCUGGAGUACACUGUUGAUGAAACUGAAGCAGAAAUUAGAGAUAUGGUCAGCUAUAUGGGAUUUUCUGCAAAAAUAAACAGGCCAGAAAAAUAUAUUUAUUUUGCGAAACCUUCAGAGCCACAAAAUCAAUUAAAUGAGUGGGGAAGUGAUAUGCUGUUUUAAGAGAAUAAAGCUUUAUGCCAUUUUUUUUAGGUUAAAAAUGGCUGAUUUCAGAUUAGCUCAGACGGAAUAUUUUUGGACUGCUUAAUCGCUUACUCUCCCCAUUUUUUAACAAAAAAUUUUUUUAAUAAUUAAUUGUAGCAUUAUUUAUAAAUCUUUUUUAAUUAAUAAUUAUUUUAAGAUAUAGAAAAUUCCCUUUAAUAGCCCUAUCAGCGGGUGAAUUACCCGCUGAGUUCGCAUUUGGUCCGACCAAAACUAAUAAUUUUGGUCGGAUCAAAUUGUAAUUUUAACGGACAAUUCACCCACUGAUAGGGCUAUCUAUUGGAAUUACGUAUAAUAUUAAUUUUAAAAUUAAAUGGAUACUAAUUUUUUUUUAAAUUAAAAAAUUUAGUUUUUAAAUUCAAAUGCAAGAAGUUUUGCUCGCUAUUUAAUAAAAGAGUUAGAAGAAAUUACUCACUUAAUUCACAGAGAGCAUAUAGUCGCCUCAUAA